AACUUGGAUAUGUCCAAUCCCAGAGGACAAAAUCAUACGAAUGGCAGAGCACUGGCAUCCGCAGACCCCUGUCCGAACCCGUCUGAGAGCCGCCAGCCCGGCGAAGGGGACCAUUUACGGGGAUGGAUUACGAUUCCACCUAGUCUACUUGGUUACCAGUCCAGGUCUCCGCUAUUUAGAAGUCUGUCCGCAUCCACGUCGUCUAGUGGAUAUUUUUCAUUCGAAUACGACUCUCUUCCAAACUCUCCACUGAUGAUGCAUAAUAAGUCAACACAGACUCCAAGCCCGUCAAGCCAAGCCAUUUCCCAUGCACAGCAACGCUUAGCCCAAGUGUGCGAGAACUUUCAGCAUCAUGAGAUGGCACAGGACCCCGGCCGCCCCAUUAGAUCGCGGUCGCUGUCGAUGCCGGCGGACGUGCGGCCAGAGGUGUGGGUGGGACAGGAGCUGCGACGCAUUGGCGACGAAGUAAACCAAAUGCAUGUACACAGGGGGAGGCAGAAUAGGAAUGGUCAGAGGGCCCAAAGCGAGUGUGUCUUUUGCCUGUGGAUGGCUUUCCUGGUGGGACUGCUGAUACAGACCAUCCUGAGGCGAAGAUGAUGACUGGACGCGGCCCCUCAGCCCCUCAGCCCCUCCUCUCUCUCACUCGCCAGCCCAGCAGACACGUAGCAUCCGGGAAAGUGUCUUUCAUGCACUCUGCACUUAUUGAGAUGUAAAUAUGGAGGAUUUCCUUGAACAUACUGAGGUGUUCUGCAAUAUCUCACCAUUCUGCCUGUGGACCGGGCCAUUUGCAUUCGCUUCUCUUUCAGAGCAGGUCUCAGCCACACACCAGGACCCAUUAGGGAGAAGAUAUUUCAAAAGGGAUUUCAGCUUGAUUGGGAUCUCAUACCUCACUGUUUCCAUGGAAACAUAAUUUGAAAGCUGAGCCUGCAGGAAAAAAAGAGACCAAAUGCUCUACCUGGCACGAUUCCGCCCCACACAUGGAUGGGGAUGCUGUUGGGUAGUGUCUUGUACAUAGUGUGCACCUUUAAAUAUUUCUUUUCUUACUCCUCCCCUUUGAUGUUGUCUGGGCAGUUUGUGUCAUUGGCAUCUAUUUAUUACUUUUAAAGAUGUGUACUGCA